GUCGGCGUGGUUUUCAGCGCAAGUGGGAUUUUAUUGCUGGGGCCAGAAGAGGAGACGAAGGUGAGAGCGUGGAGAGUGGCACAAGCAAAAAGGAAAGGAGAAGAAGCUAAGGGAAUUUUGGAAGGGGGAUCCAUCUCAGUCACAGGAAGGAUGUGUUCCAAAAGUAAACUGAUCGGGUGUGAUUUUGAGCUGCCUUGUGACUGACGAGUUCUCCGAUCGCUCAUCAACCUCAACAGAACGCAACCGUUUCCAACUCUCUCUCUCCACGUCAGCCGUCAGUCGGUUCAAUUUGAGUUUAUUUUGCCCCUUCGCCACACAACAAGAAGACAGAAGAAAGAAGAAAGAAGAAAGAAGAAGAAGAAGCAAUGGCUGCCUGCUCCUAUCAUCAGCACCUCGAAACCCUACCUACGUGGGUCCUCCUCCUCGCCGGCGUCGGCCUCCUCGCGCUUCUCAGGAUUUCAAUCCUCCUCCUCCGUUGGGCCUUCGUUACCUUCCUUCGGCCCGGCAAGGACCUCCGCGGCUACGGCUCCUGGGCCCUCGUCACCGGCUCCACCGACGGCAUCGGCAAGGCGUUCGCUUUCCAGCUCGCCCGGGAGGGCCUCAACGUCCUCCUCGUCGGCCGUAGCCCCGAGAAGCUCCGCGACGUCUCCGACGCCGUCCGCGCCGCGAGUCCGGACGUCCGCGUCGACACCGUCGUCGUUGACCUCUCCGGAGAGCUCCACGACGGCCUCGCCCGACUCCGGAAGGCCGUUCGGGGCCUCGACGUCGGGAUACUAGUCAACAACGCCGGCGUUUCCUACCCCUACGCCAGGUUCUUCCACGAGGUGGAUGAGCAGCUGCUGAGGGACCUGAUUAAGGUGAACGUGGAGGGGCUGACCCAGAUCACGCAGGCCGUGCUGCCGGGGAUGCUCGAAAGGAAGAAGGGCGCCAUAAUCAACAUCGGUUCUGGCUCCGCCGUCGUCAUCCCAUCUGAUCCACUAUACGCUGUUUACGCUGCAACUAAAGCGUACAUUGAUCAAUUCUCAAGAUGCUUGUACGUUGAAUAUAAAGGCAAGGGGAUAGAUGUGCAAUGCCAGGUGCCCUUGUAUGUGGCUACAAAGAUGGCAUCCAUCAGGAGAUCUUCCUUGCUUGUUCCAUCGGCAGACACUUAUGCUCGUGCAGCUUUACGAUGGAUUGGCCACGAGCCAAGAUGCACACCCUACUGGCCUCACUCACUCAUAUGGUGUCUGCUUUCACUGAUACCGGAGUCCCUGAUCGAUCAAUGGCGCUUGGGCUUCUGCAUGAAGAUUCGUAAGAAGGGGCAGCUCAAGGAUGCUAAUAAGAAAGAUCAGUAGGAGAAUGUUAGUGAACUUGUAUGUGGUACUUCGUUUCACUAUUGUUUCACCUUCAUUUGAGGUUGCCUACUUCAUAUUGAAAUUUCUGUUUGCAAGUUAUACAAAGACACCGGAAACUCCUUGGGCAACUAUUCGAUUGAUAUCCUUCAAACCAAUUAUUAUA